UUUAACUCAUCGGGCACGACGUGCCCAUGUUGAGCAGCCGUGAUUACCAUUUGUCCGUCGUGUGUCGUCCGUCGUAAACAUUUACCUUGUGAACACGUAAGAAGCCACAUUUAUUGCCCAAUGUGCAUGAAACUGGGUCUCAUCAUUUAUACAAAUGACAUUCAGCCGAGUUCGAAAUGGAUCACAUGGGGUCAAAAACAAGAGUUCAAAUAUGAAGACCCAGAGUUCAGAGUCACGGACGAAGUUAGGAAGGCCUUUGACGAAUGUGGAUUCAUCAUCGUCAGAGGCUUGAUGGAUGACGUGGAGACGGGGAAAAUAAAGAAAUCACUGGAGGAAUAUGGACUUGUUGAAAAGUACGCGUACGGGGUACCAGACGCGGUUGGACGGGAACCGAAGGUGUUGCUAUGGUGUUACACCGGAAAUGACGUUUUGGGACUUGUUCCCAGGCUUGAAAAAGUGGCUUCCACGGCUGAACAGUUGCUGGGCGGGGACGAGUUGUACCAUUAUCACACCAAGGUCAUGAUGAAAGACGCGCAGAAAGGAGGCAGCUUUGAGUGGCACCAAGACUACGGAUACUGGUACAAGAACGGAAACCUUCGACCGGACAUGAUUAGCCUGUUUCUAGCUGUGGACCCAUGCAUACAGGAAAAUGGAGGACUUCAGGUUCUGGUCGGAAGUCACUCUGGAGGAAGGGUGGACCAUAACUUUGACGGCGGUCAGCAGGGGGCCGACAAGGAGCGAGUGGAACACCUGAAGAAGAUCUAUCCGCACUGCUUCGUCAACCUUCAACCAGGUGACGGCAUCAUCUUCCACUGCCUCCUGCUUCACAGCAGCGGCCCUAACGACAGCGCCAUGAGACGCUGGGCGUUCAACUGCUCCUACAACAAGCGCAGCAACAACCCUGUGAAGAAACAUCACCAUCCGUUUUAUCAUAAGCUGGACAAGGUCGGUAACAACGUCCUCCGUGAGUGCGAUAAUUACUGCGAGCCAGAAGGAAAAGAGUUCGUGGACCCUUCCACUGACGCCACUGUGAAAGCGGGGUCAAAACCAGCUGAACAAUAAACAUAUGAUUAAAGCCCUUGUAAACCGGAAAUAAUGGAAUGGUUUUUAAACUGUCACGAGUUCUAAUGAAAGAAAACAAUCCUGUAUUUCCCUGAAAACUAUAUAUUUGUUAACAUUAAAUAAAUUUGAAUACGUUGAUAUUCGAAAUUACUUAGUGAACAUGCAAUAUAUACUCUACUGUCCCCUUGGUGCGAUCGUCCUGUACUUACUUUGCUAAAAUAAAAUCGUGAAUAGAAACGAAA